AUGUCCCCUCUCCCUCGAUACCGAUCUGUGAAGCGCGUGAUGCCACGUCCACCCAAGCAUUGGGUGGGUGACGGUUUCCAUGUAUUCCCCGUUUUUGCUGAUCUCGCUUUCAAAGAGGAGAUUAGUCCGCUUCUCAUGUUCGACUACGCUGCCCCCAAGCAGUUUUCUUCCAAGGUGGGCAAGCCAAGAGGCGUGGGUCAGCACCCACACAGGGGUUUCGAAACUGUGACUCUAGCCUUCCAAGGCGAAGUGGAGCACCAUGAUUCCACAGGAAAAAGUGGAGUUAUCAAGGAAGGGGAUGUCCAGUGGAUGACAGCAGGACGUGGCAUCCUUCACCAAGAAUACCACUCCAAGAAGUUAACGCGGGAAGGAGGCACUUUUGAGAUGUGUCAGUUGUGGGUAAAUCUUCCCAAGAAGCACAAAAUGGCCAAGCCAGGAUACCAGGGGAUCAUGAAUGAAAACAUUCCCGUUGUCAAUCUACCAUUGGGUGCAGAAGAGGACUCAGAGUCUCUUGGGACAGCACGCAUCAUUGCUGGAGAGCUGGGUGACAACAAGGGUGCCGCCAAAACCUACUCACCUGUACAGAUGUGGGAUGUCAACCUGCCCAAGGAAGGGAGCGAAGUAGAGUUUCCCUUUGCUGCAAAUCACAAUUGUAUUGUGUUUGUUCGAAUGGGAAGUGUGGAAGUCCUCGGUGGUGAGGUGGAAGACUUGAAAGCUUCUCAGUUGGGGCCCCAAGACGUGGCUUUGAUGAGCACAGAUGGAAGUGCUAUGCUCAAGGUUCGUGUGAUGGAACCUGGCACCAGCAUUAUGAUUUUGGGAGGUGAACCCCUGAAUGAACCCAUCGCCCAUCGAGGACCUUUUGUGAUGAACACCCAGGAGCAGUUAAGGCAGGCAAUGGUUGACUUUCAGAAUGGAAAAAUGGGUCGUUAG